UCAAUCAGCCCAAUUAGUUGAUGUGUCAGGUCCAUUGGAGUUUGGAUCAGGAUCAUCCGAUUCCCUUCCCGUCUUCCCCGCUCCGCUACCUCCUCGCCGCAGAAUCCUUUUUUUUCUGCUUCCUUCAGUCGAUGGCGAAAGGCGGCAGGCUUCCUUCGAAUGAAGUCCUCCUUGAGCAGCUGAGAAAUGGGACUGCUCAGUUCGAGCUCCUCCCGACGCCGGUUCCCCUGUCUGCUCCCGACGUCCGAUUUUUUGCUAGGAUCGGUUCCUCCUUGGGAGGGGGUGUCUCGCCGGCGACAAAGAAAGUAGAGCGCUACGCAGUUCACAAAGUCACAGGCGACGGUCGGUGCAUGUUCCGUGCUCUGGUAAAGGGAAUGGCAAAUUACAAAGGACUGGCACUUAGCUUAAGACAAGAAAAGGAUGAUGCAGACGAGUUGCGUAUGGCAGUCAAAGAGAUAAUAUGUGACAAUGAAACUGAACGACGCCAGUAUGAAGAAGCACUUAUAGCAAUCACUGUGGAUGAAUCAUUGAAACAAUACUGUCAACGUAUUGGACGAUCUGAUUUUUGGGGAGGAGAGUCAGAGCUGUUGGUAUUGUCCAAACUGUGCCGGCAACCCAUCAUUGUUUAUAUACCUGAGCAUGAACAUACACAUGGAGGAUGGGGCAGUGGAUUUAUUCCUAUAGCUGAAUACGGAUCUGAAUUUAGCAAGAAAUCGAGAAAAGGAAAGCAGAGGGAACCCGUUAGAUUAUUAUACAGUGGUCGGAAUCAUUAUGAUUUACUGGUUUGAUAGUUCAGAGUUGCUUAAGUUGUUUUUUUUUCCGCUGCUGAUUGAGCUGAAAGAGUAUAGAACUUUGACAGUUGCUGCUGGAAAAUUUACAAGUGCUUUGAUUUGAUGAACAUCUAACAAAGUUUCAGUGGCUGAGAAGUCAUUCGAAUGUAUCUUUGGGCUGUUAAACAUUACCAAAUUCCUUCUAGUCGCCUGCCAUGAAUUUGGAAAUUGAUCAUGAAGCGAGUAAUGUAUUCGUUAUGUUUAUGCUUGUGAAAUAUAUCAUGUUUUUGCCACCGAAUAGUCAUUGUGUUAUAUAAAAUAUGAUUAAUCAUUAAAUC